AUGACAGACAGUUCCUCUCAUCAAUCAUCAGAUCUUAGGAGUGAUGGCAACAGAAGGAUACCGUUGGCUAUUGAUCCCAAUUUUAUAAGGCCAAUUCCUUCUACCGUUUCGCCAUCUAAUAAUGAGCCAGACGAUAGUGACAAAACUCAGAACGGUAUCCAAGAUGCUCCUCUUAAAGGUCAAUCGUUGAUCAGCAAUCCAUAUGAGCUAUUUGGAGGCAUGCCUCUAGAUCAACUGAUUCCAAUCAUUUUGCAAAGCCGUGGUGCUGGUAGUAAAUUUGCUGAUCUCUCGGAAGACGUCCUCCUCGAUGAGAUUGCGAAGGAAACCGGAAGUGUUGAGCAACAAAAGAGCUUGGAUGAUAAUGCCAAUGUAGAUAAUAGCGCUUUUGUGGAGAAUUUAGAUGAGGAGGCACUAAAACCCCAGCAAAUUGAAGAACCCUUGGCAAAAGAGGAAGAGAAACAAAUGACUCAAGAACAGUUCCAGCAAUUGAGAGCUUCUACUGUGCAGUCUCUAAAUCUCUCGCUCAACGAGUCCUCGCUAGCACUCGAGUUCGUGUCCUUGUUAUUAUCGUCCGUACGUCCCUCGGCGGCCAGCGCGUCCAUGUCGCCAUUUCUCAAGAAAACUGUUCCAGCGGCAUCGCUGAAUGCUGAAAAGAUUCCAUUUGAAAAGCCCAAAGAAUCUGAAGCCAUCGAAAAGGGCCUAGUGACCAGGGGAUGGAAGCUUAGAAGUUUAGAGGAAUCUCGACUAUUGUUGAAGGAUACGCACCGAGCGUUGGAAGCUAGUCUGAUGAAAGAGCAAAACUACUGGUCUAAGGUUUCGCGUCACACAUCCAAGAAGGAUGUCAUUUUCAAGAUGAGGGACCAGGAAACAGGAGAAAAGUCACUAGGGUUGAAGUACGGCUAUGAAGACUCAGGCUCGACCUACACGCAAGAACGUGGGAUUGCAAUACUAAAAUACAACUCCAUUAAGGACUCACUAGAGGCGAUACCAUCGGGAAAGCAGCAAGUUCAAUCCAUGAAAAAGGGUAUCGCCGAGAAAUUCAUGCGUGUGCGCAUAUUUACUAGAAUGAAAGAAGAAGAUGACUACAUCUUGAGCGGAGAGACCGCCCUCGAUGACUUGUUGGUUCUCAACUCAAACACAAGCGAUGAACAUGAUAUUCGCCGUCAAAUUUCCAAGCUACAGUUUUUGAUCUUCGAGAAAGAGCUCAUGUUUCAUUUGAAGAAGGAAUCUGAGAGUUUGAUAUCUUAUGGUGUAACGAUUGAAAACGAGAACAAAAUUACAGUCGAAUUCCCGACGGAAAAGAUGGAGUUUGAAAUGAUGAGCCUGACAGACGAGGUAAUUAUGAAUCAUCAACAAGAUGCACCAAAGACUAAUGAUAAAAAAGCAUCCCUAGUUCUGGUGAUGCUUCGAAUGCUAUUGGUUACUAUGUUCAAAAAGCAGAUAAAGAAGGAGCUUCUCAUGGCUGCACCACAAAAGCCCUCCCGCACAUUUGAUAGUGAGGCGCUGUUGUUGCGCCCCAUAAUAGGCAAGUUUAGACAUGAGAAUUACCUGAGCUUGCUACAGAAGGUCAUUAAGGCCUACAUUUUAGAUGUUGUUGACAACUCAACUGUGACCCAGCUUCCUUCAACGCGUCGUUCAUCUAGCAAAGGUGCCGAUGGUGAUGUUUAUGACAAGCACAUCACCAAGCUCGAUGAAGAAAUUGGGCUUUUUGACAGGAUUUUGCAACUGCCGCGAACAGAGCUCAAGGUUCAACUACCCUCUUCAGGAAGAAUCGAGUUUGGUUUAGAAAGCUCCAACUACUGCAACGCUACCACAAGUGUAAAGUUUGAUGAUGCUUCGAACGUCACGGUAUUCGAUACUAAAUUCUCAAAUUUUAAGGAAUUGGAGGAUUUCCUGCAUUUCAUUGUAAGUGAGUACGUUACGGAUAGUAAGGCGCAGGAUUGA